GGGUCGAUGAAUUAUAACUUUUUACUUAAUUUUUAUUUAUGGCAUAUUACACAAGUCAAAAAGUGAUUGACCAUCCCUCGCCACCAAGACAACUUUCCCAAUUCUCCUCUUCCAACAAAUUAAUCCAUUAUAUAAAUACGUAAAUUCAAAGAUCGUCGGCGAGAUUUUUCCGGCGAAGUUGCUUCAGUACGGUACCCUUCUUUUUAUCUCUAGACUCUAACACAGACAAUAGUAAAUAUAUGUGCAUUACUUUGAACUGGCUAAGAAAUCGAUAGGUGCAUUGUAGAUUCUCCAACUGUAUUUGAAAAUUUUGCGUUUACUUUUACACCAAGCAACGGAUAAAUUGCUCUAUUCCUGCUUAAAUCGGUUGCAGUAUCGUUUUUCAUUGUAGUGUUGGUGUGAAUUUUUACAGUGGAAUCACUCGUUUUUUGUCGUAAUUUCGAGUAUUUCCUUGAAGCAUCAAUGGGCUGCCGGUAAGUAUUUUGUAAGGAAAAGAGAAAAAAUAUGGAGAAAAUUGACUUUUAAGUUUGAGUUGGGUCGCUAUCAGAAGAAUCGUGAAGUAGUUUAGUGAAAGAGCAAUCUAUAAUCUUUCCUUAGCAAUGCUUCAAUUUUUUUUUUUCCUGUUUCGGUAAUGCGUCGUUAUACAGUCUAUGGGAGACAACUUCUCUACCUCACAAUAUCGGGCACAACCUCUCUACCUAACAAAAGUAGGGGGUAACGUUUGCAUACAUCUAGACCCCACUUGUGUGGGAUUACAGUAGGUAUGUUGUUGAUGUUUCAAUUUUUUUGGUUGAUAGUUCUUAGGAUAAUGAAUAAAUUAUUUGAAAUCCUUCUUAACCUUAUCUAAGCAUGAACGAAGGUUUGGAUUAUCGUUGUGUCUAGGAUUCAUUAAGGUUUGUGUUUAACUAGGUAAAAAAUCAUUUAGCAGAACUAGAAUCAUGAAUUGGGCUAAUAUUGUUUUCUUUUGAAACUGUGGUGUCUGAGCCAAGCUUGUGUGUGCCUCGACUAAUUCCACGGGGUACCUUCUGCUUCUACCAUAGAAGAUAUAACCUAAUGUUUUCGCCUCCGCUAGUAUUUAGAGGUGAGACCUCGUGGUUCUCAAUCCACUUCAUUAACCACUGGACCUCACCAUCGGGCUAAUAUUUAACAGCCCAUGAAAUACUUAUUGAUCUUUCGUGAAACAUUACUUUGAUUUGUUUCAUUUCCUGAAAUAUCAUUGCAGAGAACAACUUUCAUUUUAAUUAUUCACAGUAGUUCAGUCCUAGAAGAUGAGGAGGCAGCUGAUGAUGUCGUGGAAGCGGCUGUGUAGGCUUAUAAUGAUUUCUAGGCCCUUUGGAAAGCCACUGCGAGAUAAGGCGAUGGCAGUUGCUGGGAGAGUCGCUAUAAUGGAAGAAGGAACGACUUUGAAAGCUUCUUGUCCAAUGUGCUUACAAGUUCUAAGCACACCACUUGAUUCUGAUCUAAAAAUGACACUAGCUGUACACAUGAGCUUAUGGCACGCAGAUGAUGUUCAAUUGCAUUGGGAGCUGAUGCAAAACAAAGGAAGAUCAAUUGUUCACAUGCCUUCUUUCUGCUUUGGAGCUGGGAUGGCUGCUGGAAUUGGUGCUCUGAUGGUUAUUCUUGCCAGAAGUCAUGCUCAAGCAUUUGGCAAUAAGAGGUGAAGUUUAUCUCUAACUCCGACUAAAAAGGAUCUGUGAUGAUUCUUUUUGUAUUUUGCCGCUGGUUUUGCCUCAGUUCUGAAGAAUUAGCCUAGUCUAAAGCUGCUAUUUCGCAGUAUUAGGAAUGCUUAAAUAGAUAGAAAGUUCAAGUGGCUGAAUGUUAUGAGUUCAUAUUACUGAAUGACUAAGGUUAUAUGAAGAUCCAUAGAUGAUAUAGUAGUUAGAGACAGAAAAGAAGUUUCCUAUUUCUUCAAGAUACCAAGGUGAUAUGAAUUUUGUUCCAGAUAUGUGUCCCUAGUUACUAAUUGGAGUAUUUGUUAUUAGUGACCUUUUUAGUUC